GACGGGGUCAAAUAUAGUGUUUGGUGGAUUUUGUUGAGGAUUUCGGGAGAGGUUCAGGCGCCGCACUGUAGUGGGCCGGAAUCGUUGAAUUUCUUCACAGCAAUUGACGGGGUUUGCGUGAAUGUUGUCUUUGCAGCACUGUGGCGAAGAUUGUGUUCUGAUUUCUUCGCGCAACUCUUUGUAGGGUUCGUGUGCCUUGCAAUUUUCGGGUAGCUGCCGGUUUUUUUUGUUGUCGCGAAGAUUGGAGGCUAGUGUGUGUUGCAAGGGCUUUUGCGACUUAGCUGAGGGGAAAGCCUUUUGAGUGUGUGAACUGAGUCACAUUGAAUUGGCAGUGAAAGUUUGAGUUCUCGGGAGAUCCAGUGUAACCAGCGGGGCGGAUCCUCAUGCUCUGCGACUAGGGGCUUCCAGGGGUUUAGCCAAUUUGUUUGACGGUUUCUUUGGAAUCCUGAAGAUGCCCUGCUUGCAAUGGACGGUUGGAGGCGGUGGUCUUGCGCUGCCCCAGUUGAAGGUGAGGAGGACGCUGCGUCCACCCGGUGCUAUUGGGAAUGCCCGUGUCGGAUUGCGACAAUGGAGAGGCAAGAUGGAGUGGAAAGGUGUAGCGGGAAGCGACAAGGGUAAAAAUGCCAAGAGCGUUGAAGGCGACGCUGUCAAAGUUUCGGCCAUGUCAUCCGGAGCGGAAGAUGCAGAUGCUUUUUGCAUUAUUGAAGGGCGUGAUACGGUAAUGGACUUUGCUCAGAUGGACCUUCAAGAGAUUCGGGAUAACAUCACAAGGCGCCGCAACAAAAUCUUCCUUCUCAUGGAAGAGGUUAGAAGAUUACGCAUUCAGCACAAAAUCAAGAGUACGGAGAAAGGCAUUGAGGAUGUUGCUGAGAACGAAGAAAUGCCAGAGUACACGUCUGCCAUCCCACUGCUCGCCCCAAUGACUCAAGCAACUUUGAACCAGUAUUUCAGAACAUGCCUCAUAAUUGUGAUUGGAAUCGUCCUUUUCGGUGGCCUUAUCGCUCCUACUCUGGAGCUGAAGCUGGGCAUUGGAGGUACAUCCUACGCAGAUUUCAUUCGCCAUAUACACCUUCCCAUGCAGCUAAGUGAAGUGGAUCCUAUAGUGGCAUCGUUUUCAGGCGGUUCUGUCGGAGUCAUUACAUCUCUCAUGGUUGUGGAGCUUAACAACGUGAGGAGGCAAGAACAACAGCGGUGCAAAUACUGCCACGGCACUGGGUACUUGGCAUGUGCACGUUGUGCUGGUUCUGGGUCCAUUGUUGGUAUGGAGAACGGUGGAACCACAGCUGCUUUAGCUUCAUCAAGUUCCACCGAACGUUGCCCGAAUUGCGCUGGUGCUACCAAGGUGAUGUGUCCAACAUGUCUCUGCACAGGCAUGGCACUGGCUAGUGAACACGAUCCUCGCAUUGACCCUUUCCAGUUGACCUCGCUUCUUGAGGUCCGCCCCAUCAAGUAAAUCCUCAACUCAACUAGUUGCUUUUCCUUUACUCAACUCUCAGAUGUGAUAAUCAAGCUGGGAGUCACCUCAAUGUUCCAUUCUGAGUUCGAAUCUUUUAAUGAGACCACUAUACAAAGCCACAGAUACGAACACAUUUAGCAGUUGAAUUUAACCUGCUCAUGAUUGUUGGAUACUUUCCCUAUAAAAGUACGGGAGUAGAACAUUAGACUUGUGAAUCAUGGAAACUUGACGAAUCUGUGACUACAUUCUAAUAUUUUUUCACCCCUCUUUUGGGGAAUGGACUAAUUACAAACAAUUGCUGUUCUAAUCCA